AUGCGCCGGUUAUUACUACUAUUACUACUGCUUUUGGCGGUAUGCCAAUUUUACAGUGUUGUCGGCGCCGGACAAGGUCUCGUCUCGCCGCAAUCCGCCUGCAGGAUACGAUGUGAGAAUGGAGGAAUGUGCGUUUUCGAUUUGGACCGACCCAAAGUGCAUUCGUGCAUUUGCCUUCUCGGCGUUUUCACCGGCGAUCGCUGUCAGACGAGAAUAGCCCAGGAGCCAUCAGCAACAGAGGCGCCAUCAACUCAACGACCACAGACCCAUUAUCCUGACAACGAAGAGGCGAGACGAUUAGACGAGCAGAGAAAGAGAGAGUACGAAAAACGUGUCGCCGAGCAAGCACGCAGAGAAAAAGAGGCUAAAGAUCGAGCAGCUGAGGAGGAGAGACGCAGGCAGCAGCAUGCGCAAUAUUGGAGAGAGGAGACUGCCCGUCGCGAGGCUGAACGACGUCGUGUCGAAGACGAGCGUCGUCGACAGCAGCAGCGGCAGCAGGACGAACUCGAGCGACGAAAGCAGAUCGAAGAGCAGAAUGCUAGGGACGAGCAACGACGUCUGCAUGAAAAACACCAACAUCUAAUAAUCAAGCAGCAAGAAAUGGAAUCUCAGAGAAAAUUGAAGGAACAAGAACACGAGGACGACAAAGUCGAAGAACAAUGGGAAUAUCCAGAUGUUGAUGAAGACAUGGAUUAUGUCGAAAAUGUCAAGCAUCAUGGUAACAGUGAGAACAUGGAAGAAGAUCGACACACAAAGGAUAUUUAUGACGAUCAAGACCCGGAAAUUGAUUCUGCGGAAUCUGAUGAUAUGGAAGCAACGACUCCCAGACCAAUGGACCAUGAGAAUAGUAUGGAUGAGAGCAAUGAAGAACCAUUGAGUCCCGAACAAGAAAAAGUGAUUAGUGUGAUAUCAAAAGUGAUUGAAAAAGCCGUUGACGAGACAAUCAAGCAGCAUCCUAUAGAAGAAUCAACGGAUGACGAUUAUUGGGAUCAUACUCCACCGAAAACUGAUGACGAUUAUGCCAGAGACAACGACGAAUCAAGACUGGGAAAAGCAGAUGAUGGAGAGGAAUACUCGAUGGAAGAAGGACAAGAAGGCUGGAUGAUGGUCAAAAAGGAAGAGCAAAACUCAUCGAAAGGCGUUACAAUUUUCUCGGUGCUUCUCACAAUCCUUAUCAGUUACAUGUUCUAG